CUGUUGGAGGGGCUGUGGAGGCUCCCUGGGGAUGGAUAUCAGGAGUAGGGGGGAAUGGCUGGGAGUGAGCUUUGCUCUGUCUGAGUGCAAGAGAGGAAAGGGAAAAUUCCAUUUCUCGGUGGGGGAAAGAGGUUUAUCUUGGAAGUGGUUGACAAGGACAACAGGGCUGGGAGAAGGAUGUUGUUUCAUAGAGUCACAGGCCAGUUUGGGUUGGGAGGGACCUUAAAUACCAUCCAGUCCACCCCCUGCCAGGGGCAGGGACACCUCCCACCAGCCCAGGUUGCUCCAAGCCCCGUCCAGCCUGGCCUUGGACACUUCCAGGGCUGGGGCAGCCACAGCUUCUCUGGGCAACCUGUGCCAGGGCCUCCCCACCCUCACAGGGAAGAAAUGUCUCUGAGUGAGGUGGGAAGUCUCUUGGAGAGGUGGGGGUGUCUCUGGAUGAGGUGGGGAUGUCUCUGGCAUGGGAGGUUCAAACACCUACCACCCUGGGGUCGUUUCAAGGGAUUUGCAGCAGUCAGUGAGGGUGAGUGGCUUGGAUCCAGUGGAGCUUCUAAGCCCUGGGACGAUAAAUGAUUGGUGUUUGUGCAGCUCAGUUGUUGUUACUGGCCUGACCUGUAAUCAGUUCCACGCAACUUUAAUGCUGUUCUUCAUCUGAAGAGUUUGAUCUUCCCACUGCUCUCAUGGAAGAAGCACUGGAUCAUGUUUUGCUCUUCCCUAAACUGAGUUUCUGUGUUUCUUACUCUGGUGAAAACUGCCCUGGGGAAGAGGAGUUCUCUCCUACAAAUGCCAAGUGUAUCCCAUUCCUAGCUGGCUGUGCUCUGGAGGAAUUUCUCAUUCCCUUGCUGUGGGGGCUCUGCGGCACCUCCUGUGUCUGCAACCAGGUGUCAUUUUGGAAGAGCCUGAUGUUUGGAGGAGACCUGUGUUAACAGGGACAAAACAGCAAGAGUGAGGGGAGGGGAAAGGACAGUUCCAGCAGGAGAACCACAGAAUUCCUGAAUGCUUUGAGUUGCAAGGGACCUUAAAACUCAUCCCUUUCCACCCCCUGCCAUUGCAGGGACACCUUCCACUAGCCCAGGUUGCUCAGAGCUCCAUCCAACCUGGCCUUGGAGACUUCCAGGGAUGGGGCAGCCACAGCUUCUCUGGGCAACCUGUGCCAGGGCCUGCCCACCCUCUUUGGUGGGGUUUGGGUCCUUACAAAGGCUGCAGAGACACGACAGGAACAGAAUCCCCUGGAGUCAGACGGUGCAGGUGACUCAGCAGAGCGAUGAGCUCGAGUGCAGGGGGCACAGCCUGAGUGUCCUUGGGAAGGAAAAUCUCGUAUGGGGGAACCUUAUGUGUUAUUUCCUCUUGUCUGGACCCUGAUCUAAGUGGGGCUGCAGGAAAGGGAAGGAAUGACCCCAGACUGAGUGUCACAGCAGGUGACUGCCUGGCGAGUUGGCUGCAGUGCCACGCUGUGCAUGGGAUCAAAACCCAAUCAUUGGCCUGUGGAAAACAGCUGUGAUGGGGAUGUUGGUUCUUACUCAGAGCAAAACUUGGCUCUUCUGUCAUUAUUGAUUGCAGCUUGGGGCUUACAGCAGCUUCAGGUUGACAGGAAGGGAACCUGCCAGGUGCUUGAAACAAACAAACAAACAGAGCAAAACCAGCCAAAUGCUGUGUUUGUGUUCCUAAAAUGGCCAGUCAGAAUUUCUUCAUUCUGUGGAAGACAGAAACGUGUUGAAUAUCAAAUGUAAGUUAGGAUAUAGUGCUAGGAGUUUUCCAGGAAGAACUGCUGCCUGGUGACAUUACAAAUGCUGUGGUUUGGUGUUUUACGGGUGGAAAAUGAGUUCAACCUUCCAUCACACUGAUUCUUCAAUGGUUUCUGUCACCAGCCUUCACCCACCUGACCGUGUGUGGUUCUCUGUGCUCGUCAGGCACUUCUGCCUGACUGGUCAUGGUGGUUUAGCUGCACAAGUGUCACUGGUCUGGUUCAGAUCAGAUCUGUAAAUCUGUGCUGUGGCUUCAGCAGAAGAGGUUGGUCGGUCCCCCAUAAAGGUGAGUAAAGCUGUGUUUGUCCCGAGCACAGUGGUGUUACUGUGGGACAGGAAAGGGUGUUUAUUCCCCUCAGCUUUGGCCAGGGUUUGCUCCUAGCUCAUGCCAUGGCUGGGAUAAUCAGCCUUUAGAGUUUGUGGAGGGGCUGGAGCGCUGUCUGAGAUGCAGGUCCUGGCUGUGCUCCCUCGGUUCGGUUCAGGUCUGUCACGCGUGCUUUCUAAAUAUUUCCUUUUCUGCCAAAGUCUUUCUGCCACAAGGGAGCUGGUGCUGGCUGUGAGAUCUGCAUGUGGGGUGUGUGAUCCUGUCACUGCCCGUUCCCCCGCGAGGUUAAACCUCCCGAGGAGUUAUUUUAUGUCCUUUUAUCAGCGAGGAGGGGGAGACAAAAUGUCGGCUGCUGGAGGGCAGUGAAACCAUCUCAAAUGCACACUAUCAUUUUCUGCUUGUCUUCAAUUAAACUGAUUACCAGAGCUCUUUGUUGCUCGGCGCUCAGGCCGUUCCACGGGCCGCCAGCGUGUACUUUGGCAGCGACGGGCGAUGGGAUUUCCUGCAUUGUUUGAAUCUCUGCCACUGACCUUCGUGGUCCUUGUUCUGGCACCGCCUCUGCUCUGGCAGGGGUGCAAAGGGCAUUAUUGAAACCCUGAAAGGAAAGGGAGAGAAUUGCUUUAAAGGCGUUGAGGGCUCUUUGUACUCAGUGGCUCCUGAGGUCAUUGCUGCAAAAGGAGGGGAAUUGCUGGGGUUUUGGGAUAAUUACUGCUUUUUUCAUUGUUCUCAUCCCACUCUAGAUGACAAUGGUGUGAUCUGUAGUGAGUCAUAAAAAUAGGCCUUCCAUGCAGCCUUAAGCUGGUGUCCCUUUUGGCUGAGGGGGGAGAAGCCUGGUUUUCAUUCCUCUUGGGAAGUCUCGUGGGUGCUGGAAGUGCUCAGCUGUGCCCUGGGGCUUUCCCAGUUCCAUACUGGGGGAGCUCUGCUGGAGAGGCCAGCAGGGUUGUGCUGGAGCCCUGUUGCAGCCCGUGCUGUGGGCACUGGUUUUGAGAAGAUCCACCUGGAGGGACACCCAGAGGGACACGAGCCAUCUGCCUCAUCCCACGGGAGGCCACGGAACCCACUCCUGCCUCUGCCCCCAUCGCUGCGGCCGUGGCUGCUCUGUGAUGGUAAAUCAUUUGCUCAGCCUCCGCCUGGAGCCUUGUACCUUGAACCUGCUGAAGGUCUGGUGCAGGAACAGAGCUGUGCUCAGCUCUCCACAGGCUGAUUGCGUGGCUCUGCGUUCUUCCCCUUUCCAUCUGGAGCCUUCCUGCCCCUGUCAGGUGCCUGCAGUUGGUCUGGAAGCAGCCUCGUGAAGGUGUCCCUCGUGUGGCUGGUGCUGAUGAGAAGGGCAGAUCUUUGGAAUAAGCUACAACUUCUGCAUUAUUGAUUCAUCUGCAUGGUAUUGUGCAGGUUGGAUUAAAUUAUCUGUAGCGUGAGCCUGUACCUGAUGUCAUGGAAUAAAUGCCAGAGUGCUCGGGUUGGAGUAAGUGCUUUGCAGCUCUGGCCUUAUGAGUCCAGCAGGCUCUGGGGUUUGUUAAAGGAUUGACAGUGGUGCCAAGCUGUCCCGCUGAUCCUGUACCUCACCCCCUGCAUACCCAGAAGAGAAGAGGCCGCUGUGUGGGACAGGGACAACCUGGGGAGCCGCAGCUGCCUGAAGGAGCUUGGCCUCCCAGGGUGACUCAUCUUGUGUUUCACUGGACCUGUAAAUGAACUCGGGCACGAAACGUGAGAUGCAACAAGCCCAGUUGCUGUUGGAGCUGAAAGCCCAGGCUCUCUGUGCUAUGUUAGUGCUGAGUUUAAGCUCUUCUCUGCUGGGGAAGUAAAAGGCUCCAGUGGACAAUCCAGGCACGUGACUGCUGGGCACGGUCAUGGAAAAUUGGCUCGCUUGUCGUGUUUAUUUGCUCUGAUAUAACUUUUCAUAACACCGUCAUGCAGCUUUUUCCGAGCCCACUGGAAUGUGUUAUUCUUUAUUUCUUCCCUUCUGCUGUUUUUUUGAAGAAGCUCUGUCAGAGAAUCUGUGUGUAACAUUGAUUUUUAUUGUUGUUGUGGGUAAUGAGGUACAGCCUUCUCCAACAGGCCAACGCUCUUUUUUUCCCCCUUUUUAUAGCAAAUUAGCACAGAACCCCUCUGUUUCUUGUAACUGUAGCUCAAGAUUAUGAUUUAUAGCAGGAGAAACUAAAAUAGCAGUUGUUAGCUCUUCCAGUCUGAUGAAAUCAAAUUUGCCUGACUUUAGUCUCAACUCCAGCCUUGUUUUUUCCCCGGGGAGGGAAGUCAUCGCUCUCUUGCCUUCUGCAGGGCUGGGUUGCUGAACUUAUCCAGUGUUUUCUCAUCUGAGAAGCUACUGAAUAGCUUUGGUUUGCUCCUAUACAGAAUAUGCUGAUGUUUGUUUCCCUCUCUCUCUCCCCUGGAGCAGCUCAAGUGCACUUUACAGUAGGGAACAGCCUUAUGGGGGGAUAGAAAGGUCACAAGUGUUUCCUUUCACCGCUCCAGCCGGGAGUCAGGCUGGCACGCAUGGGAGGUGGCGUGAAGUCUUUGCAGCAAAAGGAGCUUUUGGGGUGUUUUUCUGGAGGGGGACCUAUAGACCAGUCAGUCCUUUCUGCGUGGGGUCUGUAGCCUCCUUUGUCCGGCUCUGGCACAGCUGAUUCCCUCCUCUGAAGAAGAAUUAGUGCUAUUCCUGCAUCCCGCAGUCUCAUUGCUCCGUGUGGGAGACCUCCAGCACCAGCAGCUCUGUGACAAUACACUGGUUUGCUCACCUCCCAGUACAGGUUUCCAGCGUGACUAUCAGGGGCGAAGGGGGGGAGAAGGCUGUCUGAAUACCCAUGAAUGAGCUGUGAUGGAUAACAAAGAUUCAGAAGCUGAGAUCCACCCUCUGAAGACUGAGGAUGCCAAAGCUCAGGAGAACCACGAGAACUCCGUGGAGAGGAGGAUCAUCAGCAAGCAGACGGCGGGGCUGUCCCGGCUGUCCCGCUGGCGCACGGCCGCCUUCUUCGUCUCCCUGUUCCUCUGCCUGGUCAUUGUCUUUGCUUUCUCCUUCAUCAUCCCUUGCCCAGAGAGACCAGUGUCAGAGAGAACGUGGUUCCAAAGCUACAACAACGCGGUGGCCUACCGGUUCCUUGCUUUGGAAGAUGUGAACGAAGACAAAGUGCAAGACGUCCUCUUUGUUUUCAAAGCCAGCAACGGCAGCAGCAGCUUCAACAGCUCCUGCCUGGAUGAAGGGCUGCCUUCUCCCUGUGCCUUCGUUGCUGCCGUGUCCGGCACGAACGGCAGGGCUCUCUGGGAGAGUCCUGCAGCCCAGGAUGUGGAGUGGAUGGAGUGUGGCAUCCAGCAGCUCGGCGGGGCGGGGGCCCCGGGGUGCCUGGUGGUGGGCAAGCCAGUGGCCCUGACAGCCCUUGACCUGCGGACAGGGGAGGUUCAGUGGAGACAGUCCAGUGACUUUGGAGCUAAUUACACUCUGCUGACUCCUGUGUCAGUGAUCCCAGAUGUGGAUAAUGAUGGAGUGCAGGACCUGCUAAUCUUUAUUGCUACAGGAAAGAAGAUUAAGAGCUUCAUCCAUUCAGGAAAGAAUGGCCAACAGAUUGGCUCCACUGGCAGCCUGGCCGUGGAUGGGAGCGCUCGCUACAUCAGGCUGAACCUGGGCUCCUCCCUCUACUUCCUUUUCUACACAGAAAACUCUCUCUAUGCAUAUUCCCUGAAAGAUCUGUACAGUGCAGCAACUGGGAUGGAAAGAAAGCUUUCCAGCCUCCAGCAGGAUCCUCAGUGGGAGAAGAACAUUGACAGCACCACGCACCGCUUGUCCCUUCUCAGCUCUGGAGACUUUCGCUACCUGGCAAAAAUUCCUGGGCAGUCACGGGAGAACAUCUUGGUUAUAGGCUCAGACAUGGCCACGCUGAUCAAUGGAAAGAAUCUCCAGACUUUGUGGACCCUCAAUGUGUCCCGUGCUUUGAGUGAGCCACUGCUCGGUUACUACAAACCUGAUGUUCUUGGUGUUCUCCUGGAGAGUGAAAUUGGACCCAACAAGAAGAAGGUGAUGAUUGUUGAGAGUGCAUCUGGAGCAGUCCAGUGGGACCUGACUCUGAACUCGGGAGCAGAGAGUCCUGGGCCAGCCACGCUUUCCACUGCGGAUCACCGGUCCACCUUCCUCAUCUGGGGGGACUACGAGGAGCCAGGCAACGAGACAAGAUCCACAGCUCCCCUCCAGAAGCUCUACCUUUUCCACCCUUCCUACAAUAACAUCCUCUUGGAGCUCCGCAAUAACACAGACCAAGUAAUUGCGUUCAGUGCCGCGCUGUUCGAGCGGAGCCGUCACGCCUGCUACGUCCUGCUGAGGGGCCCCCAGCCCAGCCAGGAGCCAGGGCCCGUGUCACUGAUGAAGAGGAAGCUGAAGGAGGACGUGUCAGAGAGCAAAGUGAUCCGGCUGAGCCAGGUGGCCGUGGACAGCGAGCAGUACAUCCGGAACCGCCUCUACAGGAUGCGAUUCCACAGCCGAGAGUGAGCCUGCCCGGGAAGGGGGAGAGGCUGCUCGGGGCCAGGCGUCUCCAGGCUGCCUCUGCUCUGCAGCCGUGCUCUCAACAAGCCCAGAUCACGGAAUCAGAUGGGAAGCUGCCUUUCUCGACCUGCAAACCAAAGCGUGGCUGGCAGGGAAGCACCCCCAGUGUCUGGGGACACCCAGGCUGUGGGGGCAGCUGCCGGUGCAUCCAUCCUCAGAGCUGAUGGGACUUCAGUGCUUGGCCACCACUGAGGUGUCGUCAGCUCAGGGAAGAGGGCUCUGCCCUCCGUCCCUCUGUGCCCACAGAACUGUGCUGACUCAGGAGUGUGUCUGGAGGAAAACAUGUGCUUGCUGGGGAUGCCGGAGUGGAUGAUUUCUGGGGUGUUUGGAGCUCGAUGUGUGGUGUUAGGUUUCCUUUCUGAGUCAGCUCUCCUGGCUGGGGGAGAGGUGCUUGGCUGCAGGUUGGUUUGCAAUCACCCUCUCCUGGAUUUAGGGCCUGCUUCAGUGGUGGUGGGGUGUGUGUAGUGCCCGACCCUGGCUGUGCCUGUCCGUGGGGCUGGGGGUCACCUGGGCCAGCAGAGCGCAGGUUAAAGUGUUGUUCUACUUAGAAAAUGGCCUUUUCUCCUAAGAACAGCCCCACAUGCCCUACUCUGCAGUCACCAGCCUGCCUGUGUCUGUCUCCUCUGCUGCUUCCCUCCCAACCAGGCUGUGCAGUGUUGGUGACACCGAAAGGGAGCUGGUCUCCCUCCUGAUGGAUGCACAAUGUUCCUCCCUGCCCUCAGUCUGAUUACAGGUGAUGAGGGAUGCACCCUGAGCUCAGGGUGGCUGGUCCCUGGUGGUACCAACACCAUCUCUACUGGUUUAAAGGAGUCAGAGGAUCUAGGACUUUUUUUUUUCAGAGUAGAAUUGCACUUUAACCUUUCCUGGGAGCUGGGAUUGCUGCUCUGGGAAGCCCUGUACCCGAGUGGCAGUACCAACUCCCUGCUCAUUCAGCCUUGCAGCUGCUGAGGAGCCUUCUCCAAGCACUGUCCCCUCUGCCAGGAGGGGGGCAGGAGCUCCAUGCUGCUUCCCUGCCCUGGGAAUUGAAGUGAUGCUGGGUGGGGAUCCUCAGGUGCCUCUCUGCCCAGCCCAGUAUCCUGGGGGAUGGGACAGGUUGCUGUGAGGAGAUGACAUGUUCCUCCUGGAGAUCUGUGUAGCAUCAGGGGCGGUUUGCUCUGCCCUGUCCUGGUGGGUGCCAGUGCAGGCUGUAGAAACGAGGAGCAGAGCCUGGAAAAGGGAUUGAACUGCCUGCUCAGUCGUGAAGAUAAAAAUUAACCCUAAAAAUAACCUCUCUCAGGCUCUGCAGUGCCUGGAGGGGGUUUGGCCAGUGCCUCCCUCCCCUGCCGAGUCUCACACUGGGAGAUGUGUAGGAAACACUGUAGGAAUGGGAAAUGUGGUGCCAGGCUGUGCAGGGUCAGGCACUGGCUCUUCCCUUCAGCUGAGUCUGAAUGUGCCACAGGGCAGCUGCUGUCACCGGGCUCAUGGCACAGCUUCAGCCUUCCCAGCCUGACAGCCCGAUGACCUGGGCUGCCUGGACACUCCUGCUUCCAGCUGGCCUGGUGGCUGCCUAAAGGAUGCCCUGGCUCCCUCUGCCCAGUGACCAAUAUCCCAGGCAGUCAAGGGAGCCAGUCCUGGGGCAUCCAGGCUGUGCCAGGAAGCCAGGGAUGCUCCCUGGAGAGCACACCACAGCCUUCAAAGCACCCUGGGCUCAAAAUAGCGAGUUUCCCUCUCUUCCUCUCUUCACAGCCUGUUUUCUGAGGGUGUCUGGGGUCUCAGGGAGGUUCCCCUGCUGUGUCUCCUGGCCUGGGUUGCCUCUUUGCUCAGCACCUGAGUCCUGGCAGCCCCACAGGUCCCUGUGCCAGCGUUGCAGCCAUAAGAGGCUCCAAGGGCCGGAUUCAGGCUGCCCUUCAGCCAGCUGGGGCAGAGCAGGAGUGUGGCUGCAGGUGCUGGGCAGGGAAACCCCAGGCUUGCAUAUCAGUCCAACCUGAGUGUUGGAUAUGGAUUGUAUCCCACUGAGAUGCCCCUGGCAGGGAGUGAGGUGCCUGGGCUGUGUUCUCACCACACUCCCUCCUCUGAUCCCUUUCCCAUAGGCACACUGAAUGUUCCUUCAGGAGAGCUGGAUUUUCAGCUUCGGGGAGCUUUUCUGGCUUUAAGUUGUCCAUUCAUUAAUGUUUCCAGGUACUUUUGGAAACGCAGAUUUCCCUGUGGCAGCUCAACUAAACGCAUCAGUGCCAAACCAGCACCUUCUUAACAAAACCAGUCCUUUCUCCAGCUUAUUUUCCUGUGUAAUUGUUUUUAUUUUGCAGUAUUUCCUGAAUGACUUCGUGCCUUGAUUCAAUGGCCCAGCUGGGUGGCGAUGGCGUAUUAUCACUGUGUUCUGUGUUGGUGUGGUCUUUAACACUGAGACUGUUUGAUUUGGUUCUUUAACUUAUUGCAAAUUGUGCCCUACAGGACUUGCUCUGACCGGAAUGGUUUCAAUAAACCCUCUUUUGCAUUGUUUGUAAA